AUGGCUGGAUAUCUGGCAAAGGGGGUUAAUUUGACCCCUUUGCGGGCCCUCCAGCUCCUCAGGGACCCCCUUGGGCCCCCCUUCAGCCUUCAGGGCAGGAUAUGUUGCAACCAGGCUGAAGUUGGUCCUUCGGUCCAGCGUGCAAUCUGUUGUUGGAUCGGUCGAUGCUUGGUUGGUCAGUGGUUCUUGGAUAUGAUGAAACUCAGGAUUUUCGCCGAGAGAAAGGGGAAGAGACCGGGAGAAGAAGACCUUGAGGAGAAAGCUCUGAGGGAGAAAAAAAUGGUCUUGAGGGCCCAAAAAGGGGCUAGAGUCUGCUAG